AUGAGUUUGUUGCACAGUUUUCACACCAAAAAGGACAAAAUGAAAGGCACAUACAUGGAUGCCUUGGGCUUUCAUAGUGAUACACAUUUGGUUAUUAUUAGAUUGAACCAUUUGUGGGUUUUGAAGUUGAUUUCUCAGAUAGCCAUUUUGUGGCUAAUUAUUCUCUCUUUCCCCUGGAUUAACGCGAGAAUCAGGGGAUUAACAUCGAGCUACCGGUAUAUUAAUGUUUCGAAAGUUGAUCAGACGAUGAUUAAUUAUAAUCCGAUUAAAUUAGAGAUUUUGUCUCUAAUUUUUCAUGAUUUGGCCAAUGAAGGCCUACUCAAAACAGGGGACAAGUCCCUGUUUAUUACCAAUGGAAAUGAAGAAGUUAUCUACAAUUCUCAAGUUACAAGUGAUUACGACAUGGAUUUGAUUUCUCUUUCGGAUUUAGCACGAAAAGAAGAGACUUAUGACUUUGCACUACUUCCCUAUGACUCCUCCAAGUCUCUCAAUUUAAUCGAUCGAGCUAUGAAGGUAGGUGGUAUUGUCAUUGUUCACGACAACCCUAUGAUUACAUAUUCACAACCAUCACACUACAAAAUUGUCUAUGUACGAAAAUUCGAUUCCACAAUACUAGCCAUGCGAAAGACAAGUUCAUUCGCCUCGAUCAAAUCAACAACCACACAUCAUCAUCGAAAACUGUGUAAUUUUGGUCCAAACGCGAAAGAUGAUGCGUUAAAAAAGCUAGAAGACGUACUACUUGAACCACCAAGAGCAGCAUCAGGAAAAUCGAGUAGAUAUCUCAAAAAGACUCGUUAUUUGCCAGAAUUAAUGAACAUUCCACUGGAAAGCUACCCACGUAGGGUAUUCAUCGACGUAGGUUUACAAGACAAAAACGAAAAAUCAGGCGAUUCUAGUUGGUUUUCGAAGCAUUAUCCAACUAGGAACACGAAAUUCGACAUAUUCAAGAUUGAAACAGUGACAAAAGAGUCAUCUGCACCAUUGAUUGGAAUGUCAGAUUGGCUGGAGAAAAAUGUGAAGGAAAAUGAAUAUGUAGUAAUGAAAGCAGAAGCUGAAGUAGUAGAAGAUAUGGUGAGGAACAAAGCAAUUAAGUUAGUUGAUGAACUUUUCUUGGAGUGUAAACAUCAAGGUGUGAAAAAAGGUGACAAAAAGAAAAGCAGGAGGGCAUAUUGGGAAUGUUUAUCUUUGUAUGGUAUGUUAAGGGAUGAAGGUGUUGCUGUGCACCAAUGGUGGGGUUGA